CAGCAGAAGAUCCAAUAUCCGUGUAUGGGCUAUUCCGACAAUCAUUUCUACAUAAUAUUAUGUGCAUUAAUAUUGCGCGGAAAGCAAUUGUAAACAGGACAUCGUGCUUGACAUCGGCAGAGCAGUAAUAAUAUUAGUUAGUUGCUGUGCUGUUUGCCUCGGCGACGAUAUAUAUUGCCCUGACAGUCAAACCAAUAUUACCGGAGACUUUGAGCGGAAAAUGAUGUUUCAAGCUAACUUGGUAGCAUCGUCUGCCAUCCAGAGGUCGUCGUUGACAGAAUGUCUCUGCAACGCUUCGGUUGUCACUCCCCCUCGAGGAUACAUCUUUUGUACCUCAACCCUUUCGUGUUGCUCCUGUUACAUAGUAAUGUUACAGAGUUGUGUAAGACUGCACUAUCUUUCCGUUGAGUACUACUAGUGAAAGCUGUGAUGUUUCUUCAUUUAUGUGGUUUUGUGACUGUCGUCUGGUGAACAACAUUUCUUCUUCUACGAUUGAUCGUCUGCUCAGCAAAACGAUUGAUCGUCUGCUUCUAGCCAUCUGCGCACGCAACUUUGGCUCACGCAUGGUUUUAUCAUCCCGGUUCUAGUGGCCAAGCAGAUAGCUCUACCCCGAGCAGCAGCGGACCACAGGGUAUGGCAAGGUCCCACUCCUACAGAGCACGCGAUACAUCCAUAGAAAACGGCUCGGGAACUAGUUUCAGGGAACAAAUGUUAAUAAGGAGAAAGCGAGAGAGCGAAAGUACCACCAGUGAAGCAAAAAUAACUCCCAAUCCGCUCACUGCACCAUCUGAUGCAUUGCCAUUGCAGUUCAGUUCCGGGAAUCAAACAGACAUGCAGCCCCAGCCGGGUCCACCUCUCAAGACCCCUGUAUACCAGCCCUUUAUGCAGGGACCUCCUCCAGACCCGUAUACAAUUAUGCAGAGCAGGGCUCACAGCAACAGAGUUACCAUUAACGUCGGAGGAGUUAAGCACGAAGUUAUGUGGAAAACGCUGGACAGAAUGCCGCAUUCAAGACUCGGUAAACUGAAGACUAGUACAUCGCAUGAAAGUAUUAUGGACCUAUGCGAUGAUUAUAGUCUUAUGGACAACGAAUAUUUCUUCGAUCGUCAUCCGAGAUCAUUUGCAUCUAUCAUUAAUUUCUAUCGAACUGGAAAGCUUCACUUAGUGGAAGAGAUGUGUGUUCUGUCGUUUAGUGAUGAUCUGGAAUACUGGGGAGUUGACGAGCUUUACUUAGAGUCAUGUUGCCAACAUAGGUAUCACCAGAAAAAGGAACAUGUUUACGAGGAAAUGAGAAAGGAGGCGGAAAGUCUUCGGGAAGGAGGUGAAGAGGAGAACUUUGGUACAGGUAGAUGUGCCAAAUGGAGACAAAAACUAUGGGAUUUACUUGAAAAACCUCAAACCUCCAGGGCUGCCCGGGCCAACUUCUCGUUGUCAUUGUACUGCCUGAAGACUACAACAUGUGACGGCUUGGGGCAGGUACUAGCUGUGAUCUCUAUCCUGUUCAUUAUUCUUUCCACCAUUGCACUGACGUUGAAUACCAUUCCCUCAAUACAAGUUGACGGGGAUGACAACCCGCACCUAAACUUGGUGGAAGCAGUCUGUAUAUCCUGGUUUACAUUGGAGUAUCUACUACGGUUCUGGGCAUCUCCGAACAAAUGGAAAUUCUUCAAGGGUUCUCUAAACAUUAUAGACCUGCUGGCGAUCUUGCCGUACUAUAUAUCUCUAUGUCUAGUGGAAUCAAACAAAAGCACGGAACAGUUUCACAAUGUACGACGAGUUGUGCAAAUAUUCCGUAUCAUGCGAGUAUUGAGGAUUCUAAAACUUGCAAGACAUUCAACAGGACUUCAAUCUCUAGGUUACACGCUCCAGAGAAGUUACAAGGAGUUAGGUUUACUAAUGAUGUUUCUUGCUAUUUUCGUCUUAGUCUUCUCAAGUCUGGCUUACUUUGCAGAAAAAGGAAUACAAAAAGAUAAAUUCAGCAGCAUCCCAGAUACAUUCUGGUGGGCUGCAAUUACCAUGACAACAGUCGGUUACGGAGACGUGGUUCCGGCGACACUUUGGGGUAAACUCAUUGGUGCAGUUUGUUGUAUCUGUGGUGUUCUAGUCAUUGCUCUUCCGAUUCCUAUCAUUGUUAACAAUUUUGCAGAAUUUUAUAAAGACCAAAUGCGCAGGGAGAAAGCUUUGAAACGGAGAGCUGCCCUAGAGAGGGCAAAGAGAACUGGAAGUAUUGUUUCUUUUCAUUCGGUAAACCUUAGGGAUGCAUUUGCAAGGAGCGUGGAACUUAUAGAUGUUGUAACAGACAGAAGUCAAUAUGAUUCACGAAGUACUGCUAAUAACAGUAUUGUCAGUGACCACACGAAUCCCAAUACAUCUAUGCAUUAUGGCAGCCAGGCAAAAGUCAAUACCAACACCUCUGCUAAACAAGGGAAGGACUUCCCUGAGGUAUCAGACACGACAGUACCGCCUAAUGAACAUGGAGAUUUUCCACUGGAGAGAAAAACCACAACGCAGCCUGUGUUAGGGGGCGAAACACUCAAGCCUGAGGAUGAAAAUAUAAAAGAAGUUAAAAGUAUUGAUAAUCACUACCCGCCCCUUCUUUAUCCUACCAUAACUGACAAUGCCAUUCACAAAAUUUACAAGUCGCCAGUACAUGGUGGUGAUAAUGUGUAUGAACACCAAAGUAAGCAGCAACUGUAUAUAAAUCCUUUUGAACAGGAUGAACAUCUUGGAGGAAAAGAAGUCUAUGGACAUUUAGGAUGCCUUACUUCUGCAGAACCAUCAGAUCAGAUAGUGCAAAAACUAGAUGAUGGACUGACAGCAACUUGGCAUCGAGCUAACACAGAGAAUGCACCCCCAUCUCCAAAGCUCAAGAGCAAAGGUGCUAUAACUUCCAAGCCCAGGGCCCACUUUGAGGAACCAGACAUUGCCAAACAUUCUUCCAUUGACUCUGUGCACUCUCCAGGCAAAUCUAAAUUCCGUCUUCGUAAGACGCCAUUUGGAAGGUAUUCCAGUAGCGGAGAAAGCCCUCCCUCUGGCCGGAAGCCAUAUCAGCUUAUACCAAGCCCAAAGUCAGGUCGUAAACGCACAAGUUCUGGGCCUGAAUGCAACACUGGCAGUAACCUUGAUACGCCAAAGAAGAAAUCAAUUCUAAAAAGAGAUGCAAUCAAUAAAGAGGAGACAGAAAAUCUAUUGAAAGACCCACUUCCUGUGGAUAGCAGUGGGCCGAGACAUCACAGUGGAACAGAUGAUGAUGAAGUGUUCUACACACCCAAGGAGACCCCUGCCAAACCUGCCACAGACUACAGAGCAAAGCAGACAACACGUGGCACCAGUGAGCAGGACUCCUCUGGUGAGAAUGGUGGGAUCAUUGACACAGUAUUAACUCAUGACCUUGACCUAGAAAAUGACCUUGAUCUCCCUGACGGGCACUGUACUAUAGAGUCCGGUGUAGACAAUGAGUCCCAGGUUUCCGGAACAUCAUCUGUUGACUCAAACUAUAAAUCAAACCAAAAGGAGCAGACUGAUGUCCAACAUGAGGGUUACCAUGGCAACAGUUUUAAUGAUGUAGAUAGUAAGCCCUCAAAUGAUGCACAUAUCAAAUAUGCAGAUUUAGAAGAUUUGUGAUGUUAAGAGUAUUCAGGUGAUUCCAGUGGAGGAUGCAGAUAACUUAAAGGGUCAUGCAGGUAAUCCCAGGUAAAAAGUGACUUCUACAGUGGACCUUGCUUGUCUCUUGUCCUUAAAUUCUAUUCCUACAGGUAACGUGACUGGGAUAGAAUUACCACUGAUUGGAGAGGAUUCUGUCACUUAUUUCACUGAGACAAGCUGAUGAUUUUUACUUAUAAUGCAAUUCUGGUGGAAUGAACUUGCAAAUGAUUUAUUGCAUAAGAGGCAAAGAGUGAAACUAUUGACUGGCCAUUCCAGUUAACUUUUGGUGUCACCUUACAAACUGUUACUAAGAUGGAAAAAUAAAAAAUAAGCGUAAUAACCUGUAUAUUGAAACACAGUCAAUUCCAGCGAAACAAACAUGUGCAAUUACUAUGCCGGAUAUACAUUCACUCUUCAUAAUCAGCAACAAGGGCUUCCUGGACAACCAUAACCAGUUUAUAGUACAAGAUUACCUUUUAAUAUAUAUUGUGAAUUCUAAAGACAUAAGUAGUGAGUUGGGGUUUUAGUUACCACUUGCAAGAUAUUUGCAGAUAAGCAUAUAAAAAUAGUAAGUAAAGACUUUGGGAUGAAUGUAGUAUCACAUUUUUACCUUCAUUUUCUAAAGUAUAUAUGGCAUAAAGUAAUACUAGUUGCAUAUCCAUAUUGAUUAAACUCAAUUAAGGUAAAUAAAAACAGUAAAACGAAUACAGAAAAAAAAUCAUUUGUACUUGUGAAUAUGUGUAUAUCACAUCAUCACUGGAGUGAAAUGAAUCUUAAGCACAAAAUACCAGUUUUUGUAAUUCUUAUGGUGUGACCUUUGUUUGAUAGAGAAAUCAAGUGUGGUACAAUAUCUUAUCAGUUAAUUUUUUAUAUUUAAUUAAUACACAGAGUAAAAAAUUUGCUAGAAGUACUUCACCCAAAUACACUGCAGAAAUACUCAAACAGGAUCUUAAGCUACUACUUCAAGGUGCUUCUAAAGUCGAAAAUGUACUAGUUCUUAAACCUUAGCCUAGGAAGCAAAUUUGCAAUAGGCGGUUGUUUGUAUAAAUAAGUGUGCCAAACUGUUUUGAAAUUUGAUGUAUCCUUCAAAUUUACCAUCUAUGACACCCAUAUAGCUUUUAAGUCUAUAUAGCAACCACAUAUAAACUAUAUUUAUGAAGUGGUCCGAUUCAAACAAUUAUUUAUACUUGAUCAGAUGGUUCUACAAGAUCCAAGAGUCGAAAUGUAUUAAAUCAUAACACCCACUUAAUUUGUUGCAUAUCAUUUUUUUUUUAGAUUUCCAGGAGCUACAGUAAACUGAGUAGUUGUUGGGCCCAGUUUAGUUUUCAACAACUACUUAAAAUGAUUUUUUAGAGGAUCUGAUCAACUUAACAUAUUAUAUAGUGGUCAAAAUCUACUGCAUGCAUAAUACACAUUUGCAUACAUCACACAUCAGUGACCUGUGGGGGCUUUCAAAUAACAAGAACAUUGAUACUUAUUCAGUUCAAUAAUGAUACUAUAACUGUGUAUUUGUAUGUACUGUACAAGCAAUAUUUUCAGUGGGCAGGAUCUGCUGGGAAUAUGGACAGAACAGUUUAUACAUGUUGAGCUAGAUCUGACCAUCUGAUCAUUAAUUUUUUCAUGUAUUUAUGAAAAAAAUGAAUGCUUAUUUUUAUUUGUUUUACUUGCAGAUUUUUAUGUUGUUUUGAUAAAUAUUUCUAAACACUAAAGUUGUACAGAAGGCCUGUUGUUGUCCUAAUGACUGACUUUUUCCUUUGCUUACUUAGCCUAACUUUUUAUUUUAAGGACCAUAACCACUGUGACCUUUUAAUAUAACCACAAUUAAGAUAUACAUAUUAGAAUACUGUUCCUAAGGUUAGUGAGCAUUGAGCUCUGGGUAGUGAGUACGUGUGCGCAUGUGUGUGCAUGUUUGUGUGUGCACCAGUGCAUACAUGGUAGAGUUCAGUGAAUAGAAGUUUAGUAAGUUACCCUGUCUGGUACUAUGUACAUACUAUUAUACUCAAAUAUAGAAUGGUGUUCAAACAAAGAUUCUAGUAAAGUAUAUCAACUAUAACAAUGUAAACUAUGUCUGACACCCACAGUAAGUUGACAUCUCUUAUCAUUUACUUUUGUAAACUUAAUUUUACUUUUCAAAUGUCUCUACACUAGCUAGGUUACUGUUGAAGACUUCCAUAAUUUACAUAUGUAACAUAUCAGUCAGUUGUGCACAAUGGGUUGUUUGAUUGCAAUGGUAGCUGUGCAUUUUUAUUAUAUCUUAUAAUACUUUUUUAAUUGAGCAAUUUACUUCACAUAGCUUCAUUUUCCAAUUUUCAUCUCACAUUUUUAACUAUGAGGUAAACUAUGAAAUAAAAUGAAAUAUUCACACU